CAGUGGCAUUGCCGCGACAAUUGAAAGGCAUCAUUAAUGCUGCAGCUUGCGGGCAAAGGAGAUCGGUGUACGGGAAUUCGAGGGUGCAGACGAGGAUCGUUGGUGGCGUCGAAUCAGCGCCGGGCGACUGGCCGUUUUUAGCUGCGCUUCUUGGUGGGCCUGAACAGGUGUUUUAUUGUGCCGGGGUCUUGAUAGCUGACCAGUGGAUUCUGACCGCGAGUCACUGUGUUGGAAAUCACAGCCGCUCCGAUGUAUCUGGUUGGACGAUACAGCUGGGGAUCACUAGGAGACACUCGCACACCUAUUACAGUCAAAAGCUGAAGGUGAAGAACGUGGUGUCCCAUCCUAAUUACAACCUAGGCAUCGCUCACGACAACGAUGUGGCUCUGUUCCAGGUAGAAAGCUUCGUCCUACAUUUUUGUUUUCGUCGAUUGAUAUAAUCGAGUGGAUUCGAAUG